AUGUCUGAUACAGAGCCAGUGGAGCGUGGCACACCCCAGGGCUCGAUCCUCUCGCCGUUAUUAUUCUCUAUUAUUAUUAACGGCUUACCAGAAUCUCUCUCAGGUUCUGGUAUGGUCAUUAGCCAGUUUGCUGAUGAUUCCAGCACCAGGAAAUCUGGGUCCAAUUUGGUUAAGCUAGCCAAGGAUGCACAAGCUGGCAUGGACUCUCUAAGGGGAUGGGCACAAAAAUGGGGCUUUAAAAUAUCUAAAACUAAAACUACAACCCAGUCCGUGGACUGCUGGGAAAAAGGCCAAUAUACACUAAAUAGGUUUAAAGACCCAGUCCUCCCCUUUGGUGCUGCAACGCAGGACCUGGCGGAGGAUUGUGGUAUUAAGGAUUCAAACAUUGUUGAGAAGCGGCCCAUGGAGGUUCCGCCGUGGACCCUGACCUUGCCUGAGGUCGACAUCACGUUACAAGAAAAAGUGAACAAAUCUGAUUUGCCACAUCUCGCAAAUACAGAAACAAAAAUAUUAAUUAAUAAAUAUAUAGGUCAAACACACAUUUAUACGGAUGGAUCAAAGGACCCGGACUCUGGCAGGGUUGCCUCGGCUGUAGUAAUACCUUCCAUACAAUAUGAAAAAAUUGAUAGGUUAACCAAUAAUACAUCCAUCUAUACCGCCGAGCUCCUUGCUAUUAGAAAUGCUAUGUGCUGGAUUCAUGACAGUAAUAUAAUAAAAGCUGUCAUCUUCUCUGACUCACUUUCAUCACUGAUCUCACUGAAAUCCAACAAUAGUCAGUCGAGACCAGAUUUAUUAAACGAAAUAAUUCUUCUAUAUAAUAAAGUCCUAAACCUAGGAAAACAGGUUACCAUAGUUUGGUGUCCAGCACAUAUAGGGAUCUCAGGCAAUGAACAGGCAGACAGGGCGGCCAAAAUGGGCUUAAACCUCAACAAUGUCACUGAAUCAAUCUCACUCUCCCCCACUGAGAUAUAUUCCAAAAUUAAAAAAUAUAUAGUUAAAUUGUGGCAGGCUGAUUUCAAUUCCUGCCAUGAUCAGAGAAAACAUAUAAAUAACUCAGUGGGGCUCAGUCGCCCAAUUCAAUAUUCAAAUAAUAUUAAAAUAGAUAGGGCCAUAACAAGACUGAGGUUGGGCACAACCCUAUUACCAGGGGAUUCUGGCCAAUAUAUCAAGAAAAUGAGCCCCAAUUGUGCCCACUGUGGAGUGAGAUACAAUAUAUCCCACCUAUUGCAUGAGUGUGACCAGUUCAGGGACCAUAGAAAUGAACUGCGGUCAGCACUUGGUGCUAUAGGGUUGGGAUAUAGCACACAAAAUAUACUAAAUCCACCAAAGAAAUACUCGAUAAUAGUACAAGGGAAGCAACUCAAUUUUGGACUUAUGGUGUCUAUUUUGCUGUUUGAUAUAGAUAAUAAUGGUCACAAAAAGAUCAAAUGGUUAUAA